AUGGAAUUGAGGCAGCUCAAAGCGAUCCCACACAGUCCAUUGGAUUGGAUUUCCAUCUUCAUGCUGCUGACAGCAUGGCCACCGACGUUGCGGGCGGAACCCGAUACACAAAUAUUCCGCGUGGAUCCGCUUGCUUUACUGUCGGGAACGUUGCGCACAUAUCAACGGGCAGGUUGUGAUCGGGAGUACGUUACGUUGAGCUGUCCUCGGGGAACGAGCAUCUCGAUCGAGAUAGCGCAGUAUGGACGGAGUGGCGAUGCAAAUCUUUGCCCUGCCAGCACCGAGGAUGCGCUCGACAUCAGCAUACCGGGAACGGAAAUAGAGAUCAAAGCUCCUGAGAGUUGCACCUGGCCAAAUGCCCUGCAGUACUCGCUGUUGCAGACGGUGGUGGAAGCCUGCCAAAAGAAGCGGCACUGCAAGUUUCUCGCUUCGCCGAAAACGUUCGGCGGCGAUCCGUGCCCGGGCCAGCGGAAGUUCAUCGAGGUGGCGUACAAGUGCCGACCGUACGAGUUCCGGAGCAAAAUCGCCUGCGAAAACGAUGUAAUUCAAUUAAUUUGCAACCCAUACUCCCGGAUAGCGAUCUACAGUGCCAACUACGGCCGGACGGAGUACGAGAGUCUUCAGUGCGCGCAACCACAGGGCGUGAAGGAGGAAAACUGCCUUGCGUCGUACGCCACGGAAACGGUUAUGCAGAAGUGUCAUGGCCGGAGGAAGUGCACCCUGUCGGCCGACAGCACGACGUUCGGUAAACCGUGCCGACCCGAUUCUAGGAUGUAUUUAAAAGUUGUUUACACAUGCGUGCCUAGGAAAGUGCUGAAGGAUCGCUUCGAGGCCGCCCCGGAACCGGAUGAGCCGCUGCAGAGCGACCUCGAGCAGGACCAGGACGAGCUGUACGAUGAGGAUCAGUUCUUCCGCGAAUCGGAUGCCGUACCGCCCGGUCCGGCGCCGAAGCUGCAGGGCGGUCCCACCAACGGGCGCGUUUCGGAUGUACCCAUCUUUGCAGGUGCUCCCAGCAGUACCGUUCCAUCGCCCCCUCGCUCCAUCCAGGACAUCAUGGACGAUGGUGACUUUCCGUUUGGAGAAAAUCAGGAGAAAUUCUAUCUCUAUCUCAUCGUGGCGGUUACGGUGGCCAUCCUGCUCUGCGUUUCGAUCGUGAUCGGACGGUUGCUGCUGCAGCGACGGAGGGCCGUAAAGGAGGACGAUAAAUUCCAGACCUCCAACACCGGCGAAACGACUCUCCCGAACGGCUUCACGGAUGAUAUAUCGGAAAUCGAUGCGGACAUCGAUCUGCAGACCCCACUUCCGGUGCCGAGCGUGUCGCGGAGCGACAGCUACGGACCGUACACACCUUCGCCGGGACCGUACGGUAACCUUGGUCCUUCGAACAUUUCGCACACAUCCACCACGAUGCUGGUGCCACCGUGCUCGAUGAGCACCAUCAUGAGCACUUCGCAGCCCCCCGGCUACAUGAGCGGCCCCAUCAACAUCAUGCCAUCGCAGCUCGGUCCCAGCAUAGGUGCCAUAAGGACACCGCUGGCAGCCAUGACGACACUGCCGAGGCCCCAUCAGGCCCACGCUCAGCAACUGCCGCCCGGGUUCCUCGGCGGCAUCGGCGGAGGCUCGGUGAUCGGCACGCAAACGCUGCGGCGGCUGUCGAGCGAUCACGACGGUAACACACCGCGCAGCCUGAGCAGAGGAGCGACCAACGCCCAGUACUACUACGGAUGA